AGCAGCAGGAGGAGGAGGAGGAGGAAGAAGUGGAGGGGGAGGAGGAGCACUAGCUCGUGUGCAAAGACACUCUGGGACGACACCUCCAGGCACCCCACCACCGACAGUGUCUUCGUCUAGUAGCUCAUAUUUCUCUCAUAUGCCAGUCCCUAAAGUUGCUGUGCCUACUCUAGAUAUGCCAUCAGCAUCACCGCCAGUGUCAUCAGCACACCCUUCACAAGAUAAGGCUGGGCUACCUCCACCCACAGCACUGAAGAUGCCUCCUGUCGUGACUUCCACGAAAGCAACUACCUCCACUGUAGCCACUACCUCCACACAUUCCACCCUACAGAGCUCUUCACCACAACAGUCACAGUCACAGACACAACAGCCACAGCAACAACAGCAGCAACAACAGCAGCAGCAGGCAAGUAAAUACAUUCCGAAGUACGAGCCUCAAGUAGUGAAGCGCGAUACGAGCUUCACGCAGCAGCUGUCCUCGUUGUUGCUUGGCGAGAACGUCGAGAUCAUCCGGAAGACAGGACGCACGGGCACCCGCAACGUGCAGAUCGUGCGUCGGACUGUCCCGCGGUUCCUCACCUUCGAAGUUUUCAACCCCGAGACAGACGACUUGGACAGCGACUCCUCGGCGAGCUCCUCCCCGAACUCGGGCAGUUCCGUGAUCGAGCGCGGAUGGCCUACCGAACGCGACAUCGAGGAACUGGACCGAGAGAUCAAGCGGCGCGAGGAGGAGGAGCGCCGUCGUGCUGUGCCUUCCUCGUCAGGAGGUGGAGCCACCCCCGGGGAGAGGGUCAUGCCGCCGCCGCCCGCCGAGGUGCCCAAAGUGUCCUUAGUUGAAGAUGUUCACAGGAUGGAUACCAUAAGCGAGGACGCAGGUGAACAUUCAGGUACUGAAUCCAAUGGUGGUAGAGCAGACAAGAAGAGAACCAGUAGACCCCUAGUACCAGCACCUCUCGUAGCCAAACCACAAGUCAUUCCUAAACCACCCGCUAGAACCUCAUCCAAAUGUAGAUCGCCUGUUGAACAAUAUAGAAUACCCAUGGAACAGUAUACUUCAGGUGGUGGAUCCAGGAGAGAGUACGACUACGGCAGACAGAGGUCCUCCAGCAUGAGUGCGGCCGCGGCCUGUGACUCUGACUGGAGGUUCGAAGGCUACUCGACGAAAUCCGGCACAGCGUCUUCGGCCUUGAUGGCUGCCGCGGCGUCCUCCUCCUCGUCCUCCUCCUCCUCUAGCCCUUCAGCUUCGAGUUCGAUUUUGGAUUACGGGAGGGAGGUUCCCUUGAGGAAAAGUCCCACCUCGAGAAGGAAGCUGACCAUCUGCCAUCUCGACCAGCCUCCUCUGCCUCUUCAGUCGACACUGGAGCAAGUGCCUGAAGCCAGGAAGUCUACCAUGAGAAGCCCCGAUCCUCUGCAAGAGAGAUUGAGCUUACGCACGCGGGUUUCAGAGCGCCACCCGCCGCCCAAGGCGCUGUCGCCGCUUGGUUCCGAAGGGACGAGCAGAGGCGACAUGAAGCCCUGGGCAGAGGUAGCCAUAAAGCCAUUCACCGAAACUAUGGGCAUGCCUCCUUCGUCAUCCUGGAGAGGCAGGUACUCCCCAGAGGGUAGCAUUUUCAAAAGCAUACCAGAAUAUGACAAAGGGGCAGCGCAAAAGAAGGCUCAGGAGGCUAAGAAAAGCUCCUUGGAGCUGCCCUUCACGUCGUCGCCGUAUCGGUCGUCCCUCUCCCCGAGCAGCAGUGUGUCGUCCACAUCCCCGUCGGUGCCAAGAGAACUUGGGAAGGAGGACCCGCUGACCAAGAGUCCUCUCCUCAGUUCGCCAACUCUCUCCACCAGUAGCGGCGAAUCCAGAUCAAGCUCCCAAAUGACAAUGGCUCUCUUUGGGAAGGAAUCCCGCGAGAACCCGUUCUCACUGGAGAUGUUCAAGAUGAACAGGAGCGAGAGCAGCCUCCCUCUUCUGAGUCCCGAUGAAUCUCAACCCAACCACGGCACUUUCAAAGAGCCAGUUAAGCCAAUUGUGCUGAAGGAGCCCAAGAGGUCACAGAGACUCAAGCACGAUGCUGACGAACCCAAAAAAGACACUAAACAUCGUAGCAGCCACGCCUCUUGUAAAAUGUCUGCGAAAGAAGGCGACAAACUAAGCAGCAAAGAUGAUUCCUCGAACAAGCAGAGGAAGUCCCACACUAGUUCUCUCAAGGUCCGGAUUGACGAGACAAAACAGAAGGAAACGACGACUACCGGUAAGAAGAUGUGUCGUCUUUGCGCGCGUGAGAAUGAUAAGCGGCAGAAGAAGAAGAAACAAGAGCAGCUGGCGCAUGAGCUGAGGGAGCAACAGCAGCAGCUGAGUGGUGGAAGCUUUAGCGGUGGAGGGGCUUCCUCCAAGAGAAGGUCGGCCUCCAAUCAGGGCAAAGGGAGCGACGGAGGCUGGCGGAGAGGAGAGCUCCGGUCCCAGGGAUCCCUCGACUCUGCGAGGGAGAAGGAAUCCCAGGCUUCGAAGUCCACCCCUCCUCUCAUCCGCAGUGGCUCGCUGGACCUGGAGAAGGCCGAGAGAAAUCAAAGGGAGGGAGGCCUCAGCCGAGAUGCCUCUCUCUCCAACUCCCAGGACUCCCUGCAGAGCGACAUGGGAGGGGCGCCCACGUUGCACCGCUACUACCAUGUGUUCAGGGAGGGUGAGCUCGAUCAGCUGAUUGAAAAAUACGUUCAGAACCUUCACAUCAUCUCUUCGUAUUACGAUCACGCGAACUGGUGUAUUGUCGCGGAGAAAGUGCAGGUUUGGACCAUAUGAGUGCAGUGAUUACCUGUCAACUUCGUGUGUCCGCCACAGAGACUGAAUGGCAUCGGAAACUCGUUCCCAAAUCUAUUGGAACACAGAAACAGCAUGGAAGUUGACAAAGACUUUUAAGUAGUCAAAGACAAAGGAUAAUAUACUGAGAGAUAUAUAUGUAUAUAUAUAUAAAAUCUGCGGCAGUACUGUCGUGUCUAAAUCUUAUAUGAUAAAAAUUAUAUAUAUAUCUUGUUAAAAUGCUAAAUUAUGUCGAGAGUUAUGAAUGGUUCUGUGCAUUUUUGUCAUGGAACUUAUAUGGGGAGUCGAUUACUAUAAGUUCAGUGGCUCCUGUUGUAGAUUGCGGAGUCUGGUUUUGCCGUCGGCACCCUGCAACCCAACCCAAUUUUUUUCUUUAAAUGGUUGUUAUGGAUUUGAAACAUAUCUACUAAACAAAUCGCAAUAUUUAUAGAUGUUUAGUGAAUGUUUAUGGUGUUUUUUCACGUAUCUGGCCUGCACAGGAAUAGGGAAGAAUAAGUCCCGCAAGAACUAAAACAGGAGAACACACAUUAUGUAUUUUAUUUUGUAAAGGUAGUAAAGAUUAAAACGAAAUAACGGA